CUCUUCCAGACAAGACUAUAUGAUUAUAUUGCGCCUUUCUAAAAAAGAUCGUGGUGAACUAAUAUCUCCUGCUACAAGGUGCAACAUCACUUGUUUUUCCCAUGCUUAAACGUGCUCAACGAACUGAAUUUAAGAACCAAAAAUGAUUUUUACAUCUAGAAGUAGAGUUGUAAGUUUGAUUGUAAUCGUUUCUUUGACCGCCUUUUUCUUGUAUGCUUCGUACAAAGCCGAGUUCAGACUAGAAAAAACACAGACCAAAAACGUUUAUGGCAGAAUAGCGCCUGAAGUGGUCAAACGCAAGGUUUCUCCUGAAAAGCAGAGAGUUACAGUUGAAACGGCCGCCACAAAGACAAGUACGAUCAUCAGUCCAAAGGUUGUUCCAUCUCAACCUACAGCCACAGAAAAACCGACAAAUAAUUCAUCUCCAAAGGUUUUCAUUUAUCUCACUCAAACAGAACAAUGCCUCCCUCCAAACUUGGCCACUUCUUCCGAGAUUGGCGACCCCGAGACAUGUAAUUGUGACGUCAUAGUGCUAAGCUUUCGAACCAAAUGUCAAGAGCGAAAGUCACCUCACAUCACUUAUCUGUUCGAUCCCGAUACUGGAUGGGGAACGGGACGAAAUGCGCUGUAUUUUGCUGCGAUAAAGAGAUCCCCAAAAUACUAUUAUUACAUUUUUAUGGAUGAAGAUGUCGUACUCGGUUUCAAUUCAUUUACUCUGCCAGUAAUGACGAGGUUUCCACCGUAUAGAGUCGUGGAACAAUGGCUUCUAGACUACGAGCCGGUAGUUGGUGUUUUGGAUUAUGGAGUGCAUCAUGGGGCCAUCUGGACCUAUGAUAGACGGCAGAAAAUAUGUCACAGGACGGAUAGUCCCCUUGUGAUACCAACAGUAUGGUUCGAUGGCGUUUUUAAUGCAUUUCAUUACAAAGCUAUUGAGCAUCUUUUCCCUUACCGAGUGCAAUACGAAAAAAUAAGUUGGUGGUCAUUGCAUAGAUACAUCUGGUCUGCUGUGGAACUAAAAUUUCGAGGCCAGGCAUUGAUGUUUGUGCCUGUCAUUGCGGGUAAUCCAACCCAUCGCUCAUACCCAAAGUCUUUAGCGGACAUAAGCACUUACUGGAGAGACUACAUUGACACAAUUCGAGAGGAAGCUCCUUUAGCUUACAGAAAUCAAACUUUAUUUGAAGAUUUUAGGCAGAACCUUGAGGAUUACGUCAUCACCACUAGAACAUAUUGCAUGAAUGCAACACGUCACCAACCCAUUAAACCAUACGCUCAUUUUGAUAGUCAGACAGAGGUCUAGUAAAUUUUCCUGAAUAAGGAAGCUAGGAAUAGGAAAUUAUCAUUAACUGUAAUCCAAUCCAUGUGGGUAAGCUGCUACUCCGUUUAAAUUAUGAGUCACUUUGUUUAUAAACCAAUUGUAGUGUAACAUACUCUCCAGGUAUGCCUCCCGGUUUCUUAAACGCUGAUUCCAUUCAAAAGACAUGGUGGACACUUGAAUACCACGCUGUUUGGUCUUAAACCUAUUGUAUUAAUUACUUGAUAUAGCGCAUUUUAACAUUCAAAUGAUCAAAAGUACCGGAGGGAUUUACUCUGGCUUGCACGACGGUAAAUGGUAAGUUGCGUUCACAGAUAUUCUAUCCUUAUUGAAGGGAAUCAGUAUUUCGAUAACCUUUUAGAUCUUUUUCUUCGCAAACACUUGAUCUUACAUAAACUGCGGCAUAACAAGGAUGCGCCAGAAGCAUAUAACCUCGCAAACUCUGAAAUUUGACACAAGGCUGAGAUUUAUCGCAAAGCACCAUGAUCAGGUAAUCGAAAUGAGGGGAACAUUUUUGUCGCUAUAACAGUCGAUAAUGCACUGUGCAACCGCAGUUUUACGUUUUUCAUACUCAGUUAAAUAGUCUAUACUCUAUUGCAUUAAAUGAAACCAACCAAAAUUGUUAAGAAAGCUGGCAAUCUUUAUCAUAAGGAAAGGAUAGUAGCAACGAAUUUUUAAAUCUAAAGCUUCUUUUUUCCAUGUCAAAUGGGGCAUUGUACCACUCUUCAAACCAGUGGUCUUCUUGUCGCUUUU